AUGAUACCCAACCAUUCAUUAAAAAGGCUAUUUAAUAUUGAUAUAUUAUAUCAUGAUAUUAUAGUUAUUGGAACAUAAGAAUGUUAACGUAGUAUAGUAACAUCAAUAUUUUGUGAAUCCAAAAAUGAAUGGGAAGUUAAAUUAUAGAACGAAUUAGGAAAAUCCUAUAUAAAAGUAUAAUCAGCUUCACUGAAUGCAAUGCAUAUCAUAGUCUUUGCUCAUAAAUCAUUAAUACCUAAAAUAAGAAAUGGUAAGUAAUACACUUUCUCUUAAGGUUUUAUGGGAAUUGUUGGCAAUAAGGGAGGAAUAGCAGUAUCAGUAAAUAUCGAUGAUAAGAUUUUCUUAUUCAUUAAUAGCCAUUUAGAAAGUGGAUAAAAUUCUGAAUCUAAAAGAUAAACUUAAUUUUCUAAAUUGGAAACUCAUUUUUAAAAUUAAGUAUUUUCAAAUCAUAAUCAUGUUUAAUAUGAUUAUCUUAUUUGGACAGGAGAUUUCAAUUCUAGAAUUAAUGAAAACAUAAGUCCUUAAACAAUUAAAACUCAUUCUGAUUUUUUUGGAUGGUUAGGAAAAGAUUAAAUGUAUCUUAGUCGUCAUAAUAAAUUAAGUAAAUUUAGUUUAAUACUCAAGACUAUUAAUCAUAAUUUUAAGAAGGAAUGAUCUUUUUUCCACCAACAUACAAAUUAUUAUAAAAUUAUAAUUCAUGGUCAUUAGAUUAAGAUUUUAGAAUUCCAGGUUGGUGUGAUAGAAUACUUUAUAAAGAAAAUAAAAAAAUGACAAUAUAAUCUACAUCAUAAAGUUUUAAAGAUAUGACUUCUAAAUUGAAAUUAUAAAAUUAUGAUGCAAAUUUUGAUAUCUUAGGUAGUGAUCAUAGACCUGUAUUUGCAUAAUUUACAGUUGCAAUAUGA